AUGCUGAGAUCAGAUCGAGUGAUGUGUUAUGUCGUUGAUGAUUCCGUCUUGAUGAAUGCGGAAUGUGGUGGUAGCAAAUCCAUCGAACAAUCUUACUAUGCCAGCAAAUCAACACAAGGUCACAGUUCUGUUGUAGAUCAGCUGGAAUCAGAUAACCAUAUCAAUCAGUUGGGGGAUGAUGUGAUGCUGGAUGAUGCUUUACGCAUGGAAGUUACAUUUGCUCUGAAGGAAUGUGGAGAAGAUAAUAGCGGCAAUGAAUUGGGAGUUGAUAAUGUGAUGGUGGAGGAGGAUGCCUUGCACAAGGAAAUUUCAUCUGUGACGAAGAAUAAUGAUUUGGCUGUUUUUACUUUAGUUGACAAGACUGCAAGAAGUGAGAAAGAAGCUUAUGAUUUGUAUAACGAUCAUGCCCGAUUGAUUGGUUUUAGUGUGAGAGUGGGAAAACAGAAGUUUAGAGGUAAGACUGAUAAAGUUAGGAUAAAGAAAUUCUGUUGUAACCGUGAAGGAUACAAAAGAUCCGGUGAAAAUGGUGAUGUGUGCCAUGAGAGGAUUAAUUUUUGGUGUGGGUGUCCAGCUUAUAUCCAUUUUACUGUUGACAAAGAUGGCUUGUGGACCUGUACAAAACAUCUAGUUGAUCACAAUCAUGAUCUUGUGCCGAAUGAAAUGAUUGGACUUCUUCGAUCUCAACGUGAAGUAGAUGAAAAUGAUAUGAAGAUAAUCAGAGACAUGACAAGGAGUGGCAUCCCUUUGGUUGAUGCAUAUAAAUUAUUGGAUGAGUAUGAUUGUCAUGAUGACAAAUGGCUCAAUGCUGUGAGGGGUGAAGAUCUACGUUGUAGCCAGGGAAACAUCGAUUCAUAUCUUCCUGGUGACCUUUUCCUGGAGAGCAUUCGCAGAGUGUACACAGUUGAAGCAUUUCGGGAGGUUCAGCAGUUGCACAAAGAUGGGAUGUUGUGCAGGCAGGAGCAGUUAGAGGUCUCAAAUGAUGGCAAUAUUGUGAUGUACAAUAUUUGGCGGUUUGGGAUAGAGCACUUUAAGCAUGUGAUUAUACAUGACACUAGAGGCAGGAAAACAAAUGCAAGAAUUGCUGCUGACCGAACAAGAGCUUCAGUUGCAUCAGACCUGCAUUAUCCAAGCAUGCCAUUUCCUUAUCCAAAGGGAGCUGCUCAAGAUUUUUCAAGCUCAGGAAAUUUUGCUGCUGUGAAUGCUUCCCAUCAAAGCAUGCCAUCUUUGAACGUAAAUUCUAGUGGAUUCUCAUUUACUAAUCCAAGUGUAGCUGCCCAGGAUUUUUCAGGAGCAGGGGCUUCCACUUCUGUGAAUGCUUAUGAUCAAAGCAUGCCAUUCAUCAACCAAAAUUCCGGUGGAUUCUCAUUUCCAAUUCCCAAGGGAGCUGACCAGGAGUUUCAAGGCGCAAGCACUUCCGUUGCUAUGAAUGCUUCUCAUCAAAACAUGACAUUCAUGAAUCAAAACUUUGGUGGGUUCUCAUUUCCUAACCGAAGGGAAGCUGCCAGGGAGGCUGGAGCGCAGCGUUUCUUCAACAAGAUGUUUUAUUAG